CCCCCCAAUUCCUUCUUUUUAUUCCACCCUUGACCGUUUGACGUCGAUCUCGGGGACUUUAUCACAAUGAUUGCCGCCAGGAACUUUGUCGCUCCCGUCCGUCAAUGCUUGCGGACAACACGUGUGUCCCCUCGCAUUGCCUCGCCCUUCUCGCAGCUCCGCACUUACUCCGUUGCUGCCGAUGAGCGCGUCGCCAAGUUCAAGGGUCAGAAGGACACUGAUGGAAAAUACACUGUUACCCUGAUCGAGGGUGACGGUAUCGGUCCCGAGAUCUCCCAGUCGGUGAAGGAUAUCUUCGCUGCCGCAAACGCCCCUGUCAAGUGGGAGCCCGUCGAUGUUACUCCCAUCCUGAAGGACGGCAAGACCGCCAUCCCCGACGAAGCCAUCAAGAGCGUCCAGAAGAACUACGUUGCGCUCAAGGGUCCUCUUGCUACCCCCGUCGGUAAGGGACACGUCUCUCUGAACUUGACCCUCCGUCGUACUUUCAACCUCUUCGCCAACGUCCGUCCCUGCCGUUCCGUUGCCGGUUACAAGACCCCUUACGACAAUGUCGACACCGUCCUGAUCCGUGAGAACACCGAGGGUGAAUACUCCGGCAUUGAGCACGUCGUUGUCGACGGUGUCGUCCAGAGCAUCAAGCUCAUCACCAAGGAGGCCUCCGAGAGAGUGCUCCGCUUCGCCUUCCAGUACGCUCGUUCCAUCAACAAGAAGAAGGUCCGUGUCGUGCACAAGGCCACCAUCAUGAAGAUGUCCGACGGUCUCUUCCUCAACCUUGCUCGUGACAUCGCCAAGGAGUUCCCCGACGUCGAGUUCGAUGCUGAGCUGCUGGACAACUCUUGCCUGAAGAUCGUUACCGACCCCACCCCUUACAACGACAAGGUCCUUGUCAUGCCCAACCUGUACGGUGACAUUCUGUCCGACAUGUGCGCCGGUCUGAUCGGUGGUCUUGGUCUGACCCCCUCCGGUAACAUUGGUGACGAGUGCUCCAUCUUCGAGGCCGUCCACGGUUCUGCCCCCGACAUUGCUGGCAAGGGUCUUGCCAACCCCACUGCUCUGCUUCUGAGCAGUAUCAUGAUGCUUCAGCACAUGGGUCUGAACGAGCACGCCGCUCGUAUCCAGAAGGCUACUUUCGACACCCUCGCCGAAGGAAAGGCCCUCACCGGUGACUUGGGUGGUUCCGCCAAGACCCACGAGUAUGCUGAGGCCAUCAUGAAGCGUCUGUAAGGGAUUGGAACAUGCCUGUACUAUUCCCCUAAAUUGUUUCCUUUUUAGCCUGUGAAUGACUCUAGACCAAAUAUGUAGUGAUCUACUGUAUGUGCUCCCAUGUAUUUAGAUGCCAUCUAUGUUGUUUUACUUUCUACCUCGAUUUUUCCUACACCCAAUCUGUUCAGUCAUUGUUGGAGAAAGAAAGAUACUAGUAGCGAAUAGCAUGAUCGAC